AUGAAUAGCUCAAAUCAGAAACAGACAGAUUCUUAUGAAGAAACGCAAAGCGAUUCGUCAAUUUGGGCAUCGGAGCGAGAAUGGCAUCCAUUCGAUUCAGGAGACGAAGGCGAUAUCGAUUCUUAUUCCGCGACAGCUUCACUCCGAAGCGAAGAUUUUGAAAUUUGUUCUCCAGUAGUUGUCGAUCAGAGUCCUGUGACGGGUGAAGAACCAGAUCGAAUUGUUUACAUCAAUGCUCGAAAACAAUCAUGUAGAAAAACCGUAGAGUGGGCAAAAUCUGUCAGGAGGGUACAUGCUACAAGAGAAAGAACAACGAAAACCUCUUCUGAAAGCACCUCUAGCUGCAAAUCACAAAGUGAUAAUACGAAGGUUUGUCAGAGCACUAAUCAAGAAUUAAUCAUUAAUUUCGUCAUAUUUAUGGGACCAGAUUAG